AUGAUUAGCAGCACUCUUGUUAUAUGUCCCUUGGCGGUUUGUAAACAGUGGGUAGAUGAGAUCAAUAGUUGCAUUUCGGAAGGAAGCACGAGGGUGCUUCUCUAUGAGGGAACCGGCAGAAAAAAGAAAGUUUAUCAAUUUUCGGACUAUCAUUUUGUUAUUACCGCAUAUACGACUCUCGAGGCUAAUUACAGGUAUUUGAUCACACCCAAAACAUCUGGCAAGAAGGAAAAGGGACUUGAUCGUUCGAUAUUGCAUUCUGUACUGUGGGAUCGUAUCGUUUUAGAUGAGGCUCAUUAUAUAAAGAACGAUCGCAGUAAUACGGCCAAAGCUGUUUUCGAUUUACAAUCUUCAUAUAAAUGGGCUUUGAGUUUCACACUCAUCCAGAAUUCUGUUAAAGAUCUUCACUCACUUUGUCCCGACAAAAUGUUCAUACUGCCCCAUAUAUUUCUGCACUUUAGCUGGUGGAACAAAUAUAUUUCUACACCAAUAUACAAACAUGGAAAUACUGGGAUCGGUAGGGAUUCUAUGAUUUUGUUGAAACACAAAAUUUUGAAGCCCGUAAUGUUUAGACCUACCAAAGAAGGCAGGUCAGCUGAAUUGCGAAUUCAUCCUCAAACUGUUAUUGAAAGAUGGCUAACACUGGAUGAAACUGAAGAAGGUUAUUAUAAAAUGGGAGGAGUACUGCGUGGCACUGUUAAAUAUGCGGCACUGAGGAAAUGUAAGGUCUGUGGAGGUUCAGGACUUGUUUUGAGGUACUACUUCCGAUGCCCUGGUUGUGGUAUGUUUUGUAUUAACCAUUUAAGUGGAAACAUCGAAGAUUAA